AUGUUCAUUGAAUCAAGAGAUAUUGACGAUGAUAUUCAAAUGAGUGAAUUUGCUUUACAAAAGAACGUUCCUUUGGGACUUGCUGACCUAGGUUUACUUGCUACAGUUGGACUACGAACAAUACAUGUUUAUGAUAAACUAUGUGUAGUCGUUCUUUCAGCUGAUAGUGGGAAAAUUCGUGAUAGUAAUAAAAUCAUGCUUAUGAGAGUAUUUAAAUAUACAAUAUACUAUUUACUUCCAAUUGAAACAUCAAUUAUUCAAACAUUACAAUUUCAUCAUCCAAUAAUUCGUCUUAAUCAGUCCAUUGAUCCACGACCUUAA